AUGGGGACAGUCGCCCCCGCGCCGCCGAGCCAUGCGGGAUCGCCCGGUGCCGUCGCCAGCAGAGCCAUGAGCAGCUGUCGCUACAACGGGGGGGUGCGGCGGCCCCGGGGCCCCCCGAGCGCCGCCCGCACCCCGCAGCCGCCGCACCGGGACCCGCGGCCCUGCCCCAGCCCCGGUCCCCGCGUGGUGGUGUCCCGGCCGGAGCGGCCCGGGGUGGCCGAGCCCGACCCCGCCGCGGCCCCGCCGGUCCCGGGGGCGAGCGAGGAGCGGCGGAACCAGAACAUCGGCUACAAGCUGGGCCACCGGCGAGCGCUCUUCGAGAAGCGCAAGCGCCUCAGCGACUACGCGCUGAUCUUCGGCAUGUUUGGCAUCGUGGUGAUGGUCACCGAGACCGAGCUGUCCUGGGGGGUCUACACCAAGGAGUCGUCGUAUUCGUUCGCCCUGAAAUGCCUUAUCAGCCUCUCGACCCUCAUCCUGCUGGGGCUCAUCGUCAUGUACCACGCCAGGGAGAUCCAGCUGUUCAUGGUGGACAACGGCGCCGACGACUGGCGCAUCGCCAUGACCUCGGAGCGCGUCUUCUUCAUCGUUCUGGAGCUGCUGGUGUGCGCCAUCCACCCCAUCCCCGGGCAGUACCUGUUCACCUGGACGGCGCGCCUGGCCUUCACCUACGCCGCCUCGGUGGCCCACGCCGACGUGGACAUCGUGCUGUCGGUGCCCAUGUUCCUGCGGCUCUACCUGCUGGGCCGCGUCAUGCUGCUGCACAGCAAGCUCUUCACCGACGCCUCGUCACGCAGCAUCGGCGCGCUCAACAAGAUCAACUUCAACACACGCUUCGUCAUGAAGACGCUCAUGACCAUCUGCCCCGGCACGGUGCUGCUGGUCUUCAGCAUCUCCUCGUGGAUCAUCGCCGCCUGGACCGUGCGCGUCUGCGAGCGGGACAAACUGUACCACGACAAGCAGGAGGUGACCAGCAGCUUCCUGGGGGCCAUGUGGCUGAUCUCCAUCACCUUCCUGUCCAUCGGCUACGGGGACAUGGUGCCACACACCUACUGCGGCAAGGGCGUGUGCCUGCUCACCGGCAUCAUGGGCGCCGGCUGCACCGCGCUGGUGGUGGCCGUGGUGGCCCGGAAGCUGGAGCUGACCAAAGCCGAAAAACACGUCCACAACUUCAUGAUGGACACGCAGCUCACCAAGCGGGUGAAGAACGCCGCUGCCAACGUGCUCAGGGAAACGUGGCUCAUCUACAAGCACACCAAGCUGGUGAAGAAGAUCGACCACGCCAAAGUUCGGACCCACCAGCGUAAGUUCCUCCAAGCCAUCCAUCAGGCUCAAAAGCUCAGGAGUGUGAAGAUGGAGCAGCGCAAGCUCAGCGACCAGGCCAACACCCUGGUUGACCUGGCCAAGACGCAGGCGCUGAUGUCGGAGCUGCUGGCCGAGCUGCAGGAGCGCCACGAGGAGCUGGAGAAGCGCCUGGGGGCCCUGGAGGCGCAGCUGGAGGCGCUGGGGCUGCGCCUGCUGGCCCUGCCCGGGCUGGUGAGCCAGGCCCUGGGCCAGCCGCGGCCACCGGGGCCGGCGGGGACAGCGGGGACAGCGGGGACAGCGGGGACACCGGGGACACCGGGGACAGCGGGGACACCGGGGACACCGGGGACAGCGGGACUGUCACAAGCACCGCGGCCACCAGGCACACCGGGACCACCGGGGACACCGGGACCACCGGGGAUACCGGGACCACCGGGGAUACCGGGACCACCGGGGACACCGGGGACAUCGGGGACCUCGGGGACGCCGCGGCCGAGCGCGGCCACCGCCCCCUGCAGCCCCAGCCGCGACCCCCGCGCCGCCCCCGACAGCCCCCGGCCCGCCUCGGACAGCGGCUGA